AUGGAUAUUAGUCAUUAUUCACAAACGAACUAUUAUUUUAUUCUUAUUAUUAAAUUAUCUUUAUUCAUUCAAGGUCAAUUCUAUUUACCUAAUGAAUGUUUUAUGACAUUUAAUAAUGCAUCAAUAAUAUUUGAUCCUUCAAAUCCAAAUGGAUCUAUAUAUAUAUGUCCAUCGUCAUGUUAUACAAAUCGAUAUCUAUAUAAUCAACAAGAAUAUCCAUUAUUUGGUAAUGAAACAUAUUCAGGAAAUUCAUUAAUAUGUAAAGCAGCUUUACAUGAUGGUCGUAUUGCUCUAUGGAAUAGAGAAAAUUUAACAGUAUUAAUAAGAAAUAAUUCAUAUAAAUCAUCAACAUUUAUAAGUACUCUUAGAAAUGGAAUUCUUUCAUCGAAAUCAGUUGGUUAUUUAGAUUUUGUUUAUCAAUUUAUUAAUUCUCGAAUAAAUGAAAGUUCUAUACCUGAUGUAGCUAUUGAACAUCGAAGAUAUCUUUAUUCUCAAAAUGAAUCAUCUAGUAUAACAUGUAGAAGUAAAUCUGAUAUUUAUUCAAUUCAACCGAUUAAUAUUGAUCAAGGAUGGAAACAUUGGACAGAAAAUCGUUUAAAAUAUUUUACAUUUCCUCGAAAUUUAACUCGAAGUCAAUCAUUAGAUUUUUGUUUGAAUAAUAAUGGAACAUUAAUGUAUUGGGCUAAUUCAACUGAACAAGAAAUACUUCAAAAAAUUCUUUUGACAACAAUUCAUCAAUUAUUUCAUUUUCAAAGAAGUUCAUCUAAUAAUAAUACAUUAACUUUUUUUAUUGGUUUAAAACAAAUUAAUCGAAAUAAACAAUGGGAAUCAAAUGUUAUAUCAUAUAAUGAAUCAUUGGAAAUAAAUUCUAAUUCAAUAAUAAAUAAUGAAGAUUAUUGUACAAUAAUUCAAUCAAAUGGUUCUAAUGUUCAAUCAAUAAGAAUAUAUGAUCAUAAAUGUGAUGAUAUAACUAUUCAUGGAUAUCCACUUUGUCGUCUUUUACCAUCUGUUAUAAAUGAUGAAAAUGAUUUUAUUUAUCGUAUUGAAACAGAUAAUGAACCAAAAAAUUUAAUUGGUGUUAUUGAUUAUUGUUCGGAAUUAGGUGGAUAUCCAAUUUAUGCAAAUAAUGCUUAUGAAUGGCAAUUAAUUCAAGAAAUAAUGUUACAAGAUUCAAGUUUUAAUAGUGAUUAUGUUUAUACGGGUUUAGUAUCUGAAACAAAACAAGUUGAAAAUUCAUUUUGGUCACCAAGAAAUAUUUCUUAUAAUAGUUCAUUAGAUUAUAUAUGGUUUGGUGUCAAUCGAGGUAAAGAUCGAACAGGAUAUCAUUUAUCAAAAGCAAAUGAUGAAUCCUAUUAUCGUUUAUAUGAUAUAAAUCCAUAUUCAAAUUUAAAUACUCUUCGAUUUUGUCGUAAAGAUGAUAUUCGAUCAUUAAUAAAACAAUCUUCAUCAUGUUAUUAUAAAUCUUGUUUAUCAAAAUGUUUAAAUAUUACUUUGCCAAAUCAAAGUGAUGAUAUAAGAUUUGGUUUUUAUGCUUGUAUGCCAAAAGAUAGUUUUAUUGGAAUUGUUUAUACACAAUCAUUUCCUGAAUAUGGCGAUUUUAUUCGUCCUAAUCUUCCAAUGGAUUAUAGUGUUGCACUCCGAAGAAAAUAUAAUGAAUCAUUAAUAUUAAGUUUUGAACAGACAGAUAAAAAUGUUCGUUAUUCAUGUUAUGAAUAUAUAAAUUUUGAUAAAAUUUCAACAUUAAAUGAUACAAUAAAAUUAUCAUGUGAUUCAUCAAAUACAAAUAAUAAAACAAUGAAUGGAAUUAGUUUUAAAAAAGAUUUUAAUGGUCUUAUAUCAUUUUCUUUAGAAGAUAAACGAAUAUCUGGACAUCAUACUAGAUUUAUUGAUUAUCAACUUUAUGAUAGUCGAUGUAAUAAUCAAGGAAUAUAUCAUCCAUAUAUAAAUCAAUGUAUUUGUGCACCAGGCUUUUAUGGAGAUCAAUGUCAAUAUAGUUGUCCACCAGGUUAUUACGGACAAACUUGUGAUUAUUAUUGUCAAGGUGAUGAUGAUUAUUGUAAAGGUUUAUUAAUAUGUUUACCUGAUCCAUAUGGAUGUUCUUGUUAUACUGGUUGGUAUGGAACGAAUUGUAACAUAAGUUGUCCAUAUAAUCUAUAUGGACCUGACUGUUCUUAUCAAUGUUCAUGUUCAAAUUGUAAUAGAUUUACAGGUGUUUGUGAUUGUAAUGGAACAGAAUGUUAUAAGGGUAAUUUCAAGUUUUUUUUUUUACUUAAUUUUAAUCGCAUAUAA